CCCAAGCGCAUUCCUCUAAUCGCUCUUCUCUCGCCCUCUCACAACCUUUUUGUCAUAUCUCAACACUCGUAACCGUCCUUCCUCAAGCAAGCUCCAUCAUGACAGCUCCAGGAGGCUCCAGCGGGGCUUACUCAUUCUCCCUCACCACUUUCUCACCUUCCGGAAAGCUCGUACAGAUCGAACAUGCCCUUGCUGCCGUGGCUGGAGGUACCACCUCUCUCGGUAUCAAAGCCACAAACGGUGUCGUUCUAGCUACUGAAAAGAAAUCCCCCUCUCUUCUCCUCGACACCUCCGUUCUCGAAAAGGUAGCCCCUAUAUGCCCCAACAUCGGUUUCGUUUAUUCUGGCAUGGGACCAGACUUCCGCGUUUUGGUAGCCAAAGCGAGAAAGAUCGCUCAGGCUUAUUGGAAAAUGUAUGGGGAACAUCCACCUACCAAAGUGUUGGUUCAGGAAGUGGCUGCCGUGAUGCAACAAGCUACUCAAAGAGGUGGUGUCAGACCCUAUGGGAUCUCUCUUCUUAUCGCCGGAUGGGACUCUCAUCGAGGUCAAAGUUUGUAUCAAGUGGAUCCCAGUGGGAGUUACUGGGCUUGGAAGGCAAGUGCUAUUGGUAAGAACACGGUGAAUGGCAAGACUUUCUUAGAGAAACGAUACAACGACGACCUCUCACUAGAGGACGCCAUUCAUACCGCUCUCCUCACCCUCAAAGAAGGUUUCGAAGGUCAAAUGACCGAGAAAACGAUCGAAAUCGGUGUCGUCACUGUCCCUACGGCGGAACAGAUGCAAGAGAAAUCUGGUGAACGUUUACCACCGACAUUCCGAAAGUUGACCGAAACAGAGGUCCGAGAUUACCUCGCUUUGUGAUGGUCAAGAUGAGAACAAGAUGGUGACGACAUAUAUGUGCAUGCAGAUUUCAUCAUCAC